AUGAGCCUCCGUGUUAGUCUUUCGGCAACCCCCAUCGCUGUGCCCUCUUCUGGACUUAUAUUGUACAUCUUUGGUUUCUUCCUUUUGGUCCACACUAUCCGAAGGGUCCAGGCAUGGUAUCGGCUUCGCCAUAUCCCCGGGCCACCCCUCGCUGGGUGGACAUCGCUGUGGUUGACUAAACGGUUUCUCAAUGAGACCUUCUUCCUAGAUGUGCCAGCCUUGGCGGAUCAAUACGGGCCUAUAUUCCGGAUUGGCCCGGACAAGGUCGUCUGCACUGACGUUGACGCCGUGUAUGGAAUUUCAGGGGUCCGGUCUGACUACAAGAAGUCAGACUGGUACACCAUCGCCCGCAUUUCUCGGGGCGGCGACCACAUUUUCACCUUGAUCGACGCGGAAGAGCGCAAGGAGCGUAAGAACUUUAUCAUGCCAGCUUAUGCUGGCAGGGGAGUUGAUCACUUUGAGAAGGGCACUGACAGAGCUCUUGCCGCCUUCAUGGAUCUCAUUGACAGAAAGUAUCUUUCGACCACCGAUAAAAUCAUACCCAUGAACUUGGAAGAAAAGAUUCAUUACUACGCACUCGACGCCAUUGGUGAGAUUGCGUACAGCGAGUCUUUCAAGUAUAUCGAGGAAGACCGGGACGUGAAGGGUAUCCUGGCCGUCAAUGAUGCCACAGUCCCUCUCCUCAUGUCCCUGGGCAACUACGUAUCGUUCUGGAAAACGCUUCGCACCUGGCCCUUCUACUACCUUCUGCCCAACGAUGGAGACGAAAGCGGCUUUGGUGCCAUUGCCGGCCACGUGAGCAGCAUCGUCAAGAAACGCCUGAAACCCGACGCCGAUCCCAAGCACGACAUGUUGCAAUCCUUCAUCGACCACGGCCUGCGAGGUGACGCCCUCAAGCAGGAAGUCGGUAUCCAGUUUUUCGCCGGCUCCGACACAGUCUCUUCCCUCCUCUACACCACCUUCUACCUCCUCCUCACCCACCCAGCCGUCUACAUCCGCCUCCAAGCCGAGCUCGACGCCGCCCACACCACCACCACCACCCAACCCAACACCACCCCCAACCCCACAACCGAACCCACCACCAUCAUCCGCGACGCCCAAGCCCGCACGCUCCCCUAUCUACAAUCCGUAAUCCGCGAAGGCCUGCGCCUCUUCCCGCCCCUCUGCGCCCCGCCCAUCUACAAGGAAGUGCCCGCCGGCGGCGACGUGUUGUGCGGGCGGGCCCUGCCGGCCGGUACCUGGGUGGCGACGGGCAACCAGAUGUGGCAGGGCAAUCGGGAAAGGGCGUUCUGGGGCGGGGAUGCGGAUGUCUUUAGGCCGGAGCGGUGGUUGGAGGCGGGGUUUGGGGCUCAGAGGUUGGCGCAGAUGAAUCGGCGGGUGGAGUUGGCGUUUGGGAGCGGGCAGUUUGUUUGUGUGGGGAGGGGGGUGGCGAUGGUGGAGGUGGGGAAGGUGUUGGGGGAGUUGCUGAGACGGUAUAACUGGGCGUUGGCCGACCCGCUGAAUCCGCCCAGGAUACGGAAUAACGGGGUUUGGGUGAUUCGGGACUUUUACGUCCGGGUUGAGAAGAGAUAGGGGGUGUUUGGAAGGGGGGGACCGGAGGGUGCGUGUUGACAGUGCCAUACGUAUAGUUCUUCUGGAUAUGAGAGGAGGAUCGGACUACACAGUAUGAGUGUAGGGCUCAAGACUGACCGUACCAAGUGAAGCCGUAUCAAAAAAGAAAAGAGAGGUUGUUACAUUCAUGCAAUUUAUGACGAUGCUUCCCCUCCCCCCCAACAUCACGUCCUGUCAUCAUGUCUACGAGUAGUUCUGCCGGCAAGCUCUGUUAGUCCCAAAUGUUUGCAUCAACCGUCACAUCUUGCCCUCCGCGUUGA